AUGACUAAUGGGAUGACCGACCUUCUAAGCCUAAUGGAUCCUUUGGUUAUCGAUUCAAUGAAAGGAGUAUUAGAUGUAAAACCUCAUGUCCCGAAAAGGAAGAGACAUGAAUUCACAGUUCGGUGGAAUAUCAAACACGAGCAUAAGGUGGAAUUGAACAUGUUUGGUCUGCGGGCUUUCAGAGGCCUAAGUGGAGAAUUCCACAUUUUCAAUGGACAACUACAAUCUUCAACAUUCCGGAUAGUAAAUGUACUUGGUGAAGGGGAGAUAGGGAUUGGAUUUUGGACUCGAGAAAAUGGAUUUUUAAGAAGGUUAAAUGUCAGAAACUUGUCCAAAUAUAAUAUUUCCAAGGACAAACUUAAACCAAUUAUAUGGCCGCGUGAAAUUAUGUCCAUGCCAAAAGGUUGGGUGACACCAACGAAUGGCAAAACGUUGAGAAUAGGAGUUCCAUCAACAACUUUUUUUCCUGAACUUGUGGAAGCAAAUAGAGAUAGCAACAAAAAACUUUCGACAGUGAAUGGCUACUGCAUAGAUGUUUUUAAUGUCGUGAUGGAAAUACUUCCUUACGAAUUCAUUUCAUUUCAGAAGCCCAAUGGCGAGAGUGCUGAGUCUGGUGUAAGAUUACUGGUGCCUUUGAAAGAGAAGAAGAAAAAUGCAUGGAUUUUCUUGAGACCAUUGACAUGGCAACUUUGGUUGACAAGCGGUUGUUAUUUUCUUUGGAUUGGUCUCAUGAUUCUCAUUCUUGAGAGCCACAAUAUGUCUGGACCUCAACAAAUCUACCAGAGUUUCUGGAGAACCUUCACACACAUUGUUCAUAGUAAUAUUGAACAACUUAAACCAAGUAUUACCCACAUACAAGAGCUUGUCAAGAGUGGACAGGAUGUGGCUUAUCAGAAGAACGCAUUUGUGUUGGGGAUUCUGGAACAGUUAAACGUUCCAAAGUCACAGAUGAAGACAUUUAGGACUCAUGCUGAUUUGCAUGUUGCUCUUCAAAAUGGGAGUUUAGCAAGAUAG